UUUGAAAGCGUGGCGCGGGCGGAGGUUGGCGUGGUGAAGGGAGGGUGUGGGGCAGUCUCUCCCGUGGCCCCGGGCUCCUGUCUGCGGCGGAGGGACCCGGCUGCGAGCGGCGACACCAGCGGCUGGAAUCGACGAAGGGUGUUGCCAUGGUGACGGCGGUGGAGGACAGCAAGGUGCAGGUUGUGGUUCGGGUGCGGCCCCCCACCCCACGGGAGCUGGAGAGCCAGCGGCGGCCUGUGAUUCAGGUGGUGGACGAGCGGGUGCUGGUGUUUGACCCCGAGGAGCCCGAAGGGGCCUUCCUUGGCCUGAAGUGGGGCAGCGUCCACGACGGCCCCAAGAAGAAGGGCAAAGACCUGACGUUUGUCUUCGACCGGGUCUUCGGGGAGACGGCCACCCAGCAGGACGUGUUUCAGCACACCACCCACAGCAUCCUGGACAGCUUCCUCCAGGGCUACAACUGCUCGGUGUUUGCCUACGGGGCCACCGGGGCAGGGAAGACGCACACCAUGCUGGGAACAGAGGGGGACCCCGGCAUCAUGUACCUGACCACUGUGGAACUGUACAGGCGGCUGGAGGCCUGCCAGGAGGAGAAGCGAUUCGAGGUGCUCAUCAGCUACCAGGAGGUGUACAAUGAGCAGAUCCACGACCUCCUGGAGCCCAAGGGACCCCUCGCCAUCCGUGAGGACCCCGACAAGGGGGUGGUAGUGCAAGGCCUUUCCUUCCACCAGCCAGCCUCGGCGGAGCAGUUGCUGGAGAUGCUGACCAGGGGGAACCGCAACCGCACGCAGCACCCCACCGACGCCAAUGCCACGUCCUCCCGCUCCCAUGCCAUCUUCCAGAUCUUCGUGAAGCAGCAGGACCGGCUGCCGGGUCUGACCCAGGCCCUCCGGGUGGCCAAGAUGAGCCUGAUCGACCUGGCUGGCUCGGAGCGGGCAUCCAGCACCCACGCCAAGGGGGAGCGGCUGCGGGAGGGCGCCAACAUCAACCGCUCUCUGCUGGCCCUCAUCAACGUCCUCAACGCGCUGGCUGACGCGAAGGGUCGCAAGUCUCACGUGCCUUACCGGGACAGCAAACUGACCCGCCUGCUCAAGGACUCCCUCGGGGGCAACUGCCGCACGGUGAUGAUCGCUGCCGUCAGCCCCUCCGGCCUGACGUACGAGGACACCUACAACACCCUCAAGUAUGCCGACCGCGCCAAGGAGAUCAAGCUCUCGCUGAAGAGCAAUGUGGUCAGCCUGGAUUGUCACAUCAGCCAGUACGCCACCAUCUGCCAACAGCUCCAGGCUGAGGUGGCCACCCUGAGGGAGAAGCUCCGCGUGUAUGAGGCGGGGGCCCAGGACCUCCCACAGCCCCCCACAUCGAGCCCUCCGCAACAACUCCUUUCCAGCUCUUCCCCACCAUCCCUCCUCCCCAGCCAGCCCUGCACCCCAGAGCUCUGCCCAGAGCCUGCAGUCCCUGCAGAGGAGAGCCCGGGGCCAGAGGCCCAGGAGGGCAGGGUCGAGGAAGGGAACUCUUCGGACCAGGAGCUGCCCCUGGAGGACAAGGACAAAGGCCCAGCUGUGGAGGUUCCAGUCCAGGUGCCAGAGCAGAGCCUCCGACGGUCACUGCCGGCAUCCCCUGGCGUCGGGGGCCGCCUGUCACCACAGAACCUGGAGGAGGACCAUUUCAAGCAGCUGGUGCUGAAGGUGCUGCGCCUGGCCCAGCGGCAGUACUCUCUGCUCCAGGCAGCCAACCUCCUGACCCCCGACAUGAUCGCCGAGUUUCAGACCCUGCAGCAGCUGGCGCACGGGGAGGAGAAAACGGGGCCGGGAACGGAGGCCUCGGGAGCUCCCAAGGGCCCAGCUGGGGGGGCACCUCUGGCUCAGGAGCUGUGUUCAGAGUCAAGGUCUCCAGGAUACUCUGGCCCUGUGACCCGGACCAUGGCAAGGCAACAGAGUGGCCUCCUGCACAGCCUGGGGGUCUCCCUGGGGCCUGACGGCACCGCAGCCCAGGCAUCUCUGCAGCCCAAGCAGAAGAAGAGAAGGAAGAGGCUGAGCCCCUCGGAGCAAGACGGUGCCCCGGCCCCAAAGCCUGGGACCCAGCGCCAGUCCUUCCUGCCCUGCUUGAGGAGGGGGUCCCUGCCCGAGGCUCAGCCUUCCUUCGGACCCACCCCCCCCAAGGCAGGGAGGGCCUCCUCUCCCGGCCCCUCCCCUCGCUUCUGCCCAGCCACAGUCAUCAAAAGGCGGGUGCCUCUGGGCUCCUCUGCUCUGCAGAACUGCUCCACCCCUCUGGCCCUGCCUGCUCGGGACCUCAACACCACCUUCGAUCUGUCUGAUCUGUCCGAGGAGCCCCUCUCAAAGCUGGGUUUCCACGAGUGCGCUGGCUGGGAAAACGUCCCCCCGAACAGGCUGGACCAGCCCUUCAUCCCCAGUGGCCCUGCGCCCCUGUUCGCCGUGAAGGGCCCCAGGCCGGCGUCCUCCUUCCCGAAGACCUCAGCCUGCAAGAAGAGGCAUGUCGUGAGCCGCAUCGCCCGCCUCCCCAGCAGCACCUUGAAGAGGCCAGCGGAGGCCCUUGCAACCCCAGAGCUGCCCUUCAGUGCCCAGGGCUCUGGCUCCGGCUCCAGCAACCUGAGGAGCCAGAGGGAACAGACAAGGGUCAGAGGAGUGCUGUCGGCCGGGAACUGCAUCACCAAGGUGUCCUGACUGCUGUCCCCUCUUGGCUCCCGGAGCUGCCUGCAUCGGGAGCCCCGGCCUGCCCUCCUCGACGCGGGGAGCAAUUAGUGCCAACACCCUCUCCCUUUGUAACACUUGCCUGCCGGGUAUUCAUUCCUCCGCCUCUCGCCCUCUUUGCUAACCUCUUGUUACACGCAGCUUCUCAGCGUGUAUAUAUACACUGGAGAGUGUUAAUGUGUUGCUGUUUUAAAGGGUGCUGCCGUCCAUCGUCCCCCCCCCGCCCAGCUUAUAACACCUCCCUACAGGCAGCUGGCUGGGGGCUCUGUUCCCAGCCCCCAGUCUAACAAAGGGCUCUGUGCACAGGGAUGAUCGUGGAGGAGGGUGAGGGUGAGGAGAGGGCCUGCUGGGGAGCCCCAGCUCGCCCCCCACUGGUUUCUGAGACGGGGACAUCUUCAGCCCCACCCCCCCAGCCUGGAGCAGAGGCCGCAGCCCUGGUGGUGAUGCAGAUGAUGGUGGUGCCUUGAUGUCCAAACGGAGAGGGCUUCAUUGUUUGUGCUCUAUUGUGAACAGGCUGCACACUCAGUGUAAAAAGAAGUGUAAAGAAGAAAGGGAAACUCAGCCUUAAUAGUCCCACCUAGAUCAAAAAGCUGUGAAUACGUGGGUUUAUAUCCUCUGAUCCUUUAUGUCCGCAUCUGUACAUGUAGAUAUGGAUAUAUAUUUUUAUUACAAUAACUGGUAGCCCGUC